GAAGAAGAAGAGUUUAGAAGGUAAGAUAGGUGGUGAUGAGCCUUAUUACCUCUCAGAUGAAGCUGCUAGUUUUGAGACAGAUCCAGAUGAUGUUGAUGAUGAAGGUGAAGGGGAGGUUCAACAGAAAGUUAAAGCUAGAAGAAGAAAGAUUAAAAGAAGAGUAAUCUUUGACAAGACUUGCAAGAAAAUUGCAAGUGUGAGAGAUUUCAGAGAAGCUGUAACUAAAUAUGUUGUUCAACAAAAGGUUUCUAUAGAAAAGUAUGUAAAUGAACCUACAAAGGUGAGAGUUAAGUUCAAGAAGGCAUCUUGUUCUUGGCUUCUAGUUGCUAGUUAUGAUUCUAGGACUAAGGAUUUUGUAGUCAAGAACUACAAUCCAGUUCACAAAUGUGACCCUACUAACAGAAACAAGUUAUGUAAUUCAAAGUUCUUGGCUAAAAGGUUCAAUGAGAGGAUAAAAGAACAACCUAACAUUAGAAUAUUCAAGUUUCAAGAGUUGAUUAGAAAGAAAUUAGGAUUAUAUGUUGGGAGGACAGUUUGUAGGAGGGCAAAAAAUAUUAUGUUGAAUGAGAUAAUGGGUGAUCAUAAACUGGAGUAUGGCAGGAUUUUAGAUUAUAGGGAUUGGUUGCUUAGAUCUAAUCCAGGGAGUACAUAUAUAGUGAAACUUAGUGAAGAAACUUUUGAAGGCCAUGCAUUGGAUUGGAUGGAAGGGGUAUGUAGAGGCCAACUACUUGUAGCAGUUUGCAAAGAUGGAAAUAAUCAGAUGCUUCUACUUGCUUGGGCUGGGCUUGAGAAUGCUAUAGCAGACCUACUUCCAAAUUCUGAACAUAGAAUGUGUGCAAGGCACAUCCUAGCUAACUGGUCUAAGAAAUGGAGGGGCAUAAAGAGAAGAAACUGCUUUUGGAGGUGUGCAAGGUCUACCUAUGAGUGGGAGUUGAAGAAAAAUCUGGAUGACAUGAAGAAAUUGACGACUAAGAUAGUUGAUGCACUGUUGUAUUACAACAUUGAAAGAUGGAGUAAGGUGUAUUUCAACAUAUUCUACAAGUCUGAUAGUGUUGACAAUAAUAUGGCAGAAUGUUUCAAUGCUUGGAUUAUGGCAGCAAGGUAG